GUAAAGAUACGCGUGCGGUGUGUUUUGCAUAUCACAAUUUAAAUUAUUUAAUAAUACUGUUAAUUGACUAUAAUAUCGAUUUCUAGUGUAGUAAUUAAGUCAACUCAACAAUAUGCUUGGGUUCGCUAAUGUUGGAAUUCCUGAUAAGUCGUGGCAACCACCGGUUGCAGUUAUAGAAACAUCUAUGGGCACCCUGUCUGUUGAGUUAUAUUGGAAACACGCGCCGAAUACUUGCCGUAAUUUUAUGGAAUUGGUGAGAAGAGGCUACUACAAUAACACAAAAUUCCAUAGAGUUAUAAGGGAUUUCAUGAUACAAGGCGGGGAUCCUACUGGCACUGGAAAGGGUGGUCAGUCCAUAUAUGGACCGACAUUUGAAGAUGAAAUCACAGGAGAUUUAAAACACACAGGAGCCGGGAUUUUGUCUAUGGCUAAUGCAGGACCCGACACUAACGGUUCGCAGUUUUUCAUCACAUUGGCCCCAACACAAUGGUUAGAUGGUAAACAUACAGUAUUUGGCAGAGUUCAGAAUGGAAUGACAGUUGUGAAAAGAAUUGGAUUAGUGGAAUGUGACAAAGAUGACUGUCCUGUUGAUGAUGUUCGAAUUAUUCGAGCUUACAUUCCUAAAUAAGUUAAUAGCAAGACUGAAUAGUGUUUUGUGGAAAUACUUUAUAUUUAAAUAUUACAACUAAUUGAUAUAAUUAAAACAAACAUAUUUUUUCAAUCUGUAUUCAUAAAGUACACCAAGUUCACCAAAAUACAUAUUCCUUAUUAAAUCUAACCUACACAUAUUGAAUAAAUAAGUAGAGUACAUUAAAAUCAAAUACUUGUAUAGAAUUCAAUACUUGUUUAGAAUAUAAUUAUAUUUUUAUUAUUUUUAAUAAACCAAUCAUUAAUUUCACUUAAAUUAUCUUUUCUGUGCAUUUGAGAAUACAUACAUUUUAAAAUACAUAAAGAGGAUAGUCACAAUUAUUAUAAAAUCUGGUAAUCUCUCACUCUAAUAGCAAACAUAGAACAGUUUUAUAGCCUUAAAAUAUUUCUACUGUGCAUAUUGCAAGCUGUAUAGCUCCAAGCCAACAUUGAAUUCAAGAAUAUAUAUUUUUUUAUCUAUUUACAUAAAAUACAUCUGUCCUUUCAAACUGUACAAAUAUUAAGUGUGUUACGGUAUUGCACCUUGAUUACCUAUUCAAUGUAUUCCACUUUUUAGGGACGGACUUUGCAUAUUUGCUGCAAUAGUGGUAUUAUCGAAAAAUCAUAAUUUUGUUUCUGUUCUUGGUAUGGGGGUACCAAAAUAUUGAAAGAUGUCUACUUAAUUUUGCAGAAAUAUUGAGCAGAUUACCAGACAUAAUAUUAGUGUUGUAACUUGAUAUUAUUACAUAUCAUACCUUUUAAUUGAUGUAGCUACAAAUUUAUAUAAUUACUAAGAAAUUAUUAUCAUUGGUUGGUAGUGGGUACGUUGACUUGUUCACUAAUAUAAGCUAGGGAUGAAAAAUUCACAAAGAUAGGUAGGUACUUACAUGUAUUUUUCAUUUGACACGUGAUUAUGUGGAAUGUAAUAUUCGCAUCAAAUAUGUUAAAAAACUCCAGGCCGCCCAAGUAUUUUUCAAAAAGUAGACGAACAUUUUAUCCGUUUACGUUAUCCUGCGAAUGCAGAUACCUACCUAACUGUAUGAAUCGCCAAAGAUCGCGUCAGGCUUGAGAGGCCUCACCGUUAACUGGAUCAACGACUUUAUAGUAACCCUUGCGGCUUUUAAGGCCCUGUGGUGUAAUUGUGCACAGGGUGUCGCUGAUCUGUUUCAAGUUUGAUUCUCGAUGCCGGAAGCCACACUCCUGCGAACAUCUGGCAGCCAGUAAUGAUGCGGCAUGAUUAGUUUAGGGCUACAUCCACAUGGCUGGCGUGAACGGAACGACUCCACACGGGGCACGUAUGCUCACCCGCAUAGUAACAAGAGUUCCAGCGCGGUAGUUCGCAGCACCUUUGGUGAAGCUCCCCAGGUCGUACUCGUCAGUUUUCGCAGGAGGUUGUUUCGGGCGGCGAGUUUCUGCUUGAUGUUCCGAUGUUCAGUUUUUUCGUGAUUGACCUGUCCAGAGUUACGCCCAGUUGUUUUAGGUGUUUACAAUGGCUGAUAGGCACACCCCGCCACCGGAUAUUAAGGGUACGACUCGCUGUUCUGUUACGCAGCUGGAAUACGAACGACUGGGUUUUUGCGGGAUUUGGUUUCAAGGCAUUCUCCACGUAAUAAACACUCAGAUCUUCGAGUGCUUUAUCGAGGUGUGCCUCUGCCUCAAAAGAUCCCUGUGAUAUAAGGGCCAAAUCGUCAGCGUACGGAAAGCGAGUAGUGUUUGGGCUAGAUGGUUGGUCGUUGGUGUAUAUGUUAAACUCCCUUGUGGCCAUUCCGUACUCUGGCUCGCCAAGGACUCCUAUCGGGGCCGAGGUGAGUUGCGACGGUUCUGGAGGAGUUCUCCAAGGACCUCAACAAAUUUGCGGUCCCCAGUGAGUUCGCCCACCUUCCGCAGAUAAGUCGACAAAUACAGUGCCUGUCACCUUUCCAGUUUCAAAGCCGUCCUCUAUGUGCUGAGUGACGUUGAAGGUCUGGUUACAGCAUGCUUUUUCCUGGUUGAAAUCCAGUCUGCUCCGGGAUCAAUUUUGGGUCGAUUAGACUAGCAAGACGGUUAAGAGUUAAUCUUUCGAAUAACUUGAAAGUAUGGUACAGGAGUAUAAUGGGCCUGAAGCUCUUUGGAUCGUCUGUAGUAGCGUUGAUUUCCCACGAUCUUGAUGCACCAGCCUGCGACGUUCAAAUAAUAAUACCUACAUACAAUCGCUAAACACAAUAUAAAGGGCGUAUCUCUCACUUGUGACUAAGACAAAAUAAAUAUCCCCACAAAAUUUCCAAAUAUUUAGAAUGAUAAAUAAAUAUACCUGUAAGGAAUGAUAUCACUUUUCUGGUAAUGUAGUGAAAGAUCAUAAUUUCCUAAAGGUUUAUUCCUAAUUUAACUGAGACAAAAAUAUGAAGAGAAGCUAUAGAUCAAUUCUAGCAUUUUCAUGUUUAAAAUUAGUUUUAAAUGCAGCAAAAUAUUUAUGCAAGAAUGAAUGUAUGUGUAUAAAUUAAUUUAAUUUAUUGGAAGUUAGGUUGGUCAUCACAGAAUCAAAGACUUGCUCAGGCAAUGGUGUGCAGUGACUAGACUUGUAAUCGCGCAUGUAUCGCCCAAUCUGAAAGACAAACAAUAUUUAUUAAGUUCAAUCACUAACUUCUUAAGGUUAGAAGGAAUCCAUCAAGGAGACGUAUUUAUCAAGAGGAGCCACGGUUGUCUCCUCUGCUGCUUCUGUUACUACAUCAGGAUGUCGUGCCGCUAUCAAACGCAGCAGUAAAUGGUUGCCACGAUUAGUUGAUAGCAGUCCUUGUCUUUCAUACACAUGGGGUAUUUAUUGCCAAGUAGUUUAAUGUAUGAUGUGAAAGUUAAAUCAAAUUCAUUCUUUACAAUGUAUCUCCCUGCAUGUCUGGGUCUCCAAUCUAUCUAAUUUAGUCCGGAUUAAAUAGAUCUAGUUACCACAAGUAACUCUAACCUGUAAUUGUAAAUUUGUAAAAUAUACAAAAUACCAUGGAUUGAAUGGUAGUGAAAGUGUGAUUCUUUCUGGUCAUCUGACCAGACACCAUUUAGUACAAAAUUUCUAAUUAUAUCAAUUAAAGCUACAUAAUCUACAUUCACGUGUAUGUUAUAAGCUGUAAAUAAAAGUAAAGCUCACCAGUUGUA